UCGUGCCUUUUCAUUCGAGACCGUACAUAAGUAUGUAGCCUGGGGAUACCAUUUCAGUAUCUUCCCCCCUGCCAUAAGGAUUCCGUGGUAAGCUCAAUCAAGUUAAUCCGGUUUGCAAAGGGGAAACAUGAUUGGGCGUGCUGCUGCUGGCCUGUCGAACCAUGCAAUGUCUCAGUUUGCUAGGCCUCUUCACUCGGUCAACAGGAAACGAACGCUCAACGCCCGUCGACUCCCGAGUGUACCUGCAAGUAGAUGACCCCUUGAAAAUCUCGUCUCCAUGUGUGUGUGGAACGGGUGGUCCCGCACCCCAUGAGCUACUGGCAGGCUGGCAGCGUCAAAUGAAAAUACGAAGAACAGUAGAGAUGGCCCUGCACAUCCGCUCACCAGUCAGCUCAUUUUACACGCAGAUCAUUGGUGACGUUGCUAGAGGUCUGUGUGCCACUGGGAACCCAGAUGAUGGUCGAUGAGAACCGGUCUGUCUGUGGAGUGGUUCUCCUGGGUCAUGUUCCGUGGAUCUGCCAAAAUCGAGGAAACUGGAUGGGAUUUUCCCGACCAUUCGCUUAGCUGUAACUUCCCACGU